AUGUCCAUCGCCCUACCGAGCACCCCAGCCAGCGUCGGCAGUAAACACACACAAGAGCCUGCUAUGCCAGAAGAUGAAAAUCAACUCCCUAACGAGGAUCAAUACCAGCCACAACACGUACUCUCAAAAGUAUCGAAGACACUCGGAAAAGACACGUUUUUCUGGGCACCAACCAGUCAGCGACUCAUCGGCGGGCUGAACCACAACGUCACGCCAGUCAACAGCAAAAUUCUACACACGUGGGCCACUCUUCUUGAUACCACCAACGACCGCCGUGUCAGGUUCGAGAUAUAUCCCGUGCAGAUCACCAAAGUUCCAAUUGGACUAUUCUACUACGAGCGAUAUCGGAGCGGGGAGAAUGUCCCGGAAAUGUCGACUGAGCCGCUGCCCCCUGGAGACUACGACUUUCAAGUUUUUGCAAAUACGAAAAUCGAUCCUAUAGCUCCUACGAGUAACAUACUAUCUUUCAAACAAAUCAAAUAUCAAUCGACAUUGCCAAAAGAGAAAUCCUGGCUGCUUCGGCCUGUGGCUCCUGAAAUGAUGUACAUGUUUGACGUCCCAGACGAUAUUCAGAAGGAGGUCAUCGAACGUGACGGCGGACGGUGUCUCAUUUCCGGCACUGCGGGAGAUGAUGAAAUCACUGUUGUAUGGGCGAUUCCACCUCCUUUACCGUUUGCUAUGAGGUAUGUCGAUGGUGGUGGUGUAUACAAAUCAACCACGGAGCUUUACAAGUCCGACAAUGCAUUUACGCUUCGCAAGGACUUGGCGGAUGCUUUCCUUGACGGGGCUUUUGGCGUUGACGUAGAUGACGACUAUCGCAUCGUGGUACUCAAAAACUUCGGACCAGCGGCACAACCACUCAUCGGACCCAAUAUCCAAGCCUACUUCCAUCACCCAGGCGUCAAAGCCCAAUUCAAAGUCGGACCCAAGGACAUAUUCCUCCGCGCGCACUUCGUCAACUGCCUCUACAUAAACUUCCAAGGCGGCGACAUCGUGACCCAGUACCCAACGCACAUCGUAGAAGAACGAGAAAAGCUUCUGGGGUUCUAUCCCGGCGAAUCGCGUGUUUCCCGGAGGAGUAGGCUGUGGGGUGAUGAAUUGAGCCAGUUGAUAUAUGAGCAUUACUAUCAAAGGCCGUUUGGGCCUGACUCGGACAACAGCGAUACGGAGUUUGAGUACGAGUCGGAUUUGGACGAGGAGCUUGUAAUUGGGUGUAGCGGGAACUAUGAAGAUGAGGGUGAUCUAGGUAAUACCAAUGUCAGAGAUUCAAAGUAA